AUGCCACAGCUGAAGUGCCUCAUCGAAGCUCACAACUUUUCUUGGAUAUAAGUGAUGAACAGGAGCGGCAUGGUAGUUGUAUCAUUCGACUUCCGCAGCCAUUCCCACAGUACAGACAUUGUUUUCGCGGCCACCAAUGCAGCAUUAGACACGUGCAUCUCUGAAAACACUACCGUAGACGUGUACGGGGACCAGACAAUGUGCGUUGCCUCACCUCGCACCCCCAGCCAGAAGCCCCUGCUGGACCACACGCUCCGGCACUUCAGGCGAGUUUGCAACGGCCCAUCCGACACCUCCUCGACACCCAUGGAGGUCGAGGACUCAUCCGGAGGUGGCACCAAGUCCGAAGGUGGCGGAGGCAGCAGUCGCAACGCGGCCGCGGCGGCCGCCCGACGCGCCCGCAUCAUGGCCCAGAUGUCGGCCAUGCAGAAGAACUUCAUCCGCGAGUACUCGGACCUGUUUAAGGAGGCCACCGAGGCGGAGGUGGCGUCGGCCGCGGCCCCCGAGGUGGUGCGGCACACGUGCAUCCUGUGCCGCGAGGACGAGGAGCUGUCGCUGAGCGGACGCACCCUGGUGCUCUCCGUGCUGGUGCAGCGGUCCACCGUGCUCUCCAAGGAUCGGUCGCAGCUGCCCCCUCCCCCGCCAUCCUCGGGCGGGGAGGACGAGGACGAGUCAAAGAAGGAGUCCAACCCCCUGGACGAAGAAGACCCCACCUGUGCCUUUGGGGACCUGCGCUACGGUCCCCACGCCAGCACCUGCGGCCACGUCAUGCACGCCCGAUGCUGGCAGAAGUUCUUCGAGUCGGUCGUCACCAAGGAGCGACGGCGGCCGGCCAGGUAUGGCCGGCACAUCAGCUUCAACGUCGAGAAGCGUGAGUUCCUCUGUCCACUGUGCGAGUGCCUGAGCAACGCGGUGGUACCUCUGCUGCCCCCGGUAUCUGCGCUUGUGCCCUCUGAGUGCCUUGAAAGGGCUGCCCAGGUUCAGGCCCUUGGCCCAGACCCAGGCUUCGAGGCGUGGCUGCGGGGUGCCCGCUUGGCCCUGGAGCGAGCCACCCUGCUACGCAGGGAGGGUCCCUCCAGCGAGGACAAGAUGCACCCGCGCCUGCUACCUCCUCCCCUCAAGGAAGUGCUGGAUGCGCUUCCGUCCGAAGCGGCCAGCCACCUGUCACGCCUGUACGCCUGCUACAGGGAGCCCUCGCCCACCAAAGCAAAUGGGGCUGGCAACGGUGCAGAGGCGGGCAGUGGACUGCAGUUCCCCGGCACGCUGUCCGAAAUGCUCAAGCUUUUCUGCCAAGCCUGCUACAUGGUUGGCCUGGACGCGCACCCCAACGUGGACGACGACCGGGUGCCUGCCCAGGUGUGGUGGUCGUGCGCCUACACGAUCCACGGGGCCGAGUGGCUGCUAAGGGGCAAACCCCUGCUGGGAGACCUGUCGGCCCGGCGUCUUCACUGCCUCGAAGCCCUCGUGCGCACCGCGGCCGCCUCACUGCGCGUCUCACCCCCCGAGGCCGUGGCCAGCCACUGCCUGCGCAUGAUGGGCCGCGUGUUUGCAGUCUCCAGCCCACCUGGUACGAGUCGCAGUUCUCAAGACGUCAGUCCCACGUCUCCGUCCGCCACUUCUCAGCUUUCCACUGACAUGACAAUGACGGCAGCAGCAGCAGCAGCGUUCUGUAGUGAAUCUCCCGACAACCUGGUGACAUCGGUCGACUGCCUCGAGCAGGGCAUCCUAGGCACAGCGGGUGUGUCGCUCUCCGAACCCAGCCUACCUCCGUCGGUGGCCAUGACUCUCAAGACGGCUUCCGGCGGCUCAGUGCUGGACAUAGAUGCGUUUGGACUGAUGGUGGCGUUGUGCCUGUCGGCCCCUUCGUUGUUUGCCAACGCUGCACCCCUGCCCCUAGGGGGCGCCCUGGACGGCCACGUACUGCGACUAGUCCUUGCCCUUCAUCUGGUCCAGGUGAUCCUAACGGUGGAGCCACACGAAGAGAAGAUGGAGACGGACUCUUCGUCACCUGUCGAGGAGCAGAGCAAAUCUUCGCAGUCCAACUCGAGGUUACUGGAGUUCUGUAGCGAGGUGCUCACUGCUGCUGGAAUGCCACCGCAGAAUCCGUCGACGCUGGGUGCUCCGUUUGUGGAGGCUGUGCACGAGGGCCUCAGGCCGUUCUUGCGGUGCAGCGCCAUCUUCUUGCACUUCCUGAGCAGCCGGCCACCCCCCGAUGCCCUGUGCGUAGCCGGUGGCGACACAUGGGGCGCACUGUGCGAGUUUCUGUCGGUGCCGACUGACCUGUCCAGUGUCCUGGAGCCGCCCGUGCUGCGACAGCUGGCAAUAGGGUGGGCGUCGCACCCGCAGGUGCGUGUGCAGCUGCGCUCUUCGCAUCUCGUGCGUCACCCCGUGCAGCCCAACCGGCUGGUGGAGCUGCCUAGCGACUUCAGCGAGCUCAUCAACGAGGCGUCCCUCUUCCGCUGCCCCAACUCCGACGGGGACGACUCGCGGUCGCCCACCCUGUGCCUCAUCUGCGGCCGCAUCCUCUGCUCGCAGAGCUACUGCUGCCAGGUGGAGGUGGGUGGUGACCGGCUAGGUGCGUGCAACCUGCACGUCACCGUUUGCGGCGCGGGUACCGGUCUCUUUCUCCGGGUGCGGGACUGCAAGGUGCUACUCCUGGUGGGGCGUACCAAAGGAUGCUACCUUCCACCACCGUACGUCGACGAGUACGGCGAGACCGAUGCAGGCCUGAUGCGUGGCAACCCGUUGCACCUGUGCCCACGCCGUUACGAGCAGCUGCAGCACCUGUGGCUCUCGCAUGGCAUACCCGAGCAGGUGGCGCACGCACUGGAGCAGUCAACCGGUCUUUCGUCAACGAACUGGGCGCUCAUGUGAAUUGGCAAAGGCAGUGACAACACCCUCCACCCUUCGUGCCUCAACUCGUUCGAGUUGCGCAUACAAGGACAUGCAGUGUGCCUGCGAAUGGGGAACAUGCCAGUCGCCGCGUUGGAACUGAAUCCUGUCUGCCAGCGUUAGUGAGUGCUCCUGUGUGUGACCUUGUUCUGUGUGUGGACGGGGGCGUGAUUUUAUGACAUGCACUUGAGUGUCCAUUGUGUGCAUGACGUCAAGAUCACCUGGAUGUCUUGUCUGCGAUGUGCACUUGAAUGUCCAGUGUGCAGAGGCGAUGGUCUAGUGCACUUGGAUGUUAUUCGACCGUCAGGGACCCCGUGUCCGUGCUGAAUUAAUGAAGCCUGAAUGCAGCCAGCUGCCUGUUGGAAGUCGUUGCAAGCUCAGCGAGAGAUGGAGAGAGCAUUGACCCCCAAUGCUUGGACAUCCCUUUCGUGUCCAAAUGUUGUAUUUCUAAUAAGACUGGCAAACCAAGAGCUCUCAAUACCACCCCCCCUACCCCCCUCUUUCCUGGGCCUUCCAACCGCGAGACUGACGUGGAAAAUGUAGGCAGGCAUGUGUGUGUGUCAGUCGGGACAUAUCUAUCGUGGCCGGGUCCUUUAUUUGCCUGACGGAAGUGCACGUUAUUAGUUGGAUCAAUGGAGUGACAUCCUGCGAUGGAAAGGUGAGAGAACAUGGCACACACCAGCCCUGACGUGUACUGUGCAAGGCUAGGCCCUUGUGCAUGAAGGAAACGGUGUGCAGUUUUGCCCGCAGUUGCGUUGCUGACGUGGAAGGUAAAGUGCAUCUUUGCAAAUGCAAGUAAUUCAAGGGAGAAGCCUUUACUGGCAAUGGUGCCUGUGCUAAGUUAGCAUGCCACAAGUGUUGAAGUGUUGAGUUUUUUUAGAGGUCUUGAAGCAAUGUCGAGCCUCUUUGCCUAGGGAGGUCAACGAAACUACUGAAUUUUAGGCAAUUUCUUACAUGACAACACAACACCGUUUUGAGCAUGGCAUUGCAGCACAGCAUGAUGCCAAUUCGUUGCUAAGAGGUGCUGGGUGUUGGCCACAAGUUUGAAUUCCUUGAAAAGGACAGCUAAUUCGUGGUUACUUCAACAGCUCCUCGCCUAUAGUUUCUUUUGUUGUGCUGGUCAGUUGUGGCUGGAAGGCAGGUGGUUAUGAAUUGGCAUCUACUAGCUAAAAUAAAAUACAGCAUAGGCAGUAGGCUAUGCGAGGGGAUGACCUCAAAUACAUAUUCAGGCAAUUAUCUGGAUGUUCUGGUGUUCCACAUGUUUUAGUGAUCACUCUUUAGUUUUUCUGAUAAAACAUAAGAUGACCCAGAAAGCCUUCUUUUUCAUGUUGCGUCUGAAUGGUUGUCAAAGAAUUGAUGUGCCCCAAGCACAUGUUCAAAAGCAACAGGCAAGGUUGGUAGUUUGCAUCCUUGAAUCAAGCUAUAUUGCUGCCACUUGUAAAACAGCUCGUGUGCUUUGGCUGCCUUUCUUUUUCUGAUUGGAGUGCACCUCAAAUAUAUGCCGGAGCACUCGAGUUUGCUGUGAUGUUACCGAGAGUUAUUUGCGCAUUUUAUUGGUAUUGGUAAAUUGUCAACAGCUUCUUCGUGAUGUUUAAGGUGCUUUAUCUGCUUGUGUGAAAUGCAACGCAGUAUAAAGAUAACGUAAAUAAUUUCCGUGUUCUCGUGAUUCCGUACGCUGCCCAACUCAGUAUUCCAGUGUUGUCCCGAUUUCUGAUUAGGUUGUGACAGUUCUCUCUUACUGGAAGUAAUUGGCUUGUAGUGCGGCUCUCGAACAAUUUGCUGCUUACGCUGUUGUCUAAAUAUGUCACACAAAUUUCAAACAUCACAACUCGGCUGUAUAAUUUGGCAGGAAUGUUUUGCCCUGUAGAGUGCCGUUUCAUUGCUAAACAUUCACUCAGGAAAUUUAGCGAUUUAUUGAAUAACAUUGACGGUGUGAUAAUCGUACGACAGAAUAAACUCUGAGGUGAUAUGGAUAUGGUAAAGAUUUGCUUGUAUGGUUGGAACACACUACAAGGCAGGUACUGUGCAUUGCAGUUUACCUUUGUGCAUACUGUAUCUGCAGCAGCUGCACUUUUUUUUUUGCUAUUGGUAAUGUGCAAUUGGUAUGUGUAAACUCGCAUAUUUCUCCUGGUUGAAAUAGCGUAUGCACUUGUGGUGUGAUGUCUUCUCUCAUUUACUCAAGCACGCGCUUGUUUUUGUAUUUGUUUUGAGGAUGUACGUAUACAUACUUUUUCUGUAUUUUUAAACUUGGAGGCUAUCAGUGCUUUUUAUCAUGCCACAAAAAACUGCCAGUGCUCGAAAUCUGUGCAUAUCCUUUCGAUUUUGUUCUUAACUGCUCAAGUUUACCUUUAUGUUCCAAGGGAAUUUCUAAGUUUCACGCUGCUGAAGUUGGGGGAAUGCGAACCGCCAGUCAUGCAAAAUAAUGCAAAAAAGAUGUAAGAGAAUUCAAGUAGGGUACUGGACUUUGUGUGCCUGACUGGACUAUCUCUGUAUCUUCUAAUGGCCUUAUUUACAAAAGAGUGACAAGAGAAAGCGAAAUAAUGCAAGAGGAGUACAAAGGAAGUUGCAAAUGAGUUCUGCGAAAUCCCACAAGGUGGCGGAAGGGUUGAGAAAGGAAAAAUAGACAACCACCCAUUUGUAACACGAAGCCACAAGGAAAUCCAUUCGGAUUUCUCAGAAAGAGGGCCUCAUAGUUGCCGAAAAAUUCGUCCUGGUCCGGAGUUCGGACCCGGACCAAUGCCUUUCCGGGGCGGUCGCUCUACCAAUUGAGCUAACCAGGAAGCUCAUUUGGUUAGCUCAAUUGGUAGAGCUACCUCCCCAGAAAGGCGUUGGUCCCGGGUUCGAACCCAGGACCAGGAUGGAUUUUUCAGCAACUAAGAAACUUUCUGAGAAAUCCGUAUGGAUUUCCUUGUGGCUUUGUGCUACAAGCGGGUGGUUGUCUAUUUUUUAUUUCUUAACAAAGGAAUUUGGUUUUUUGGGAAGACAAUCCCACCAGGGGGGGGGGAACUAUUUCUAAACUCCCCAUUUUAGACAUGGCUGUCUUGCCUUUCCUUUCUUUUUUUCAAGAUUUGAAAGGGCAGAGUUGUGUCUCCAUAAGUGUUGCGCAGGCUUGCUGCAAUAACAGAUCUCGUUAACUUUAAAAAAGAUUUGCUUGAAACAUUGGCAUGGCAGAUUAGUAAUGCAGAUCUCGCGUGUGAAUUCACUUGUGCCUCAGGGCAAAUUCUGUUAUGUACCACUUAUUUAGGCUUUGCUCAUGAAUGGUAGGCUUUAACAUGCAUUUCAGUAGUGGUUUAAAACGCCUCUGUGCGAGUUGAUCCUCAUUGAAGAAUGUCGUUCCUCCAUUUCGAGGUGGUUGACUAACAAUUCAUACUAUGUGUGGUCUUGAAAACUUGACAUGUUUUCGGCUUUUGCAGUCUCUUAAGCCGCACACAGCCGGGAGAUCAUUGGCCUCUAGAUCUGUAAUCUUUUAGCCAGAGGGCGCCAUCACUGAGACGCAAGUUCGGAAGGCACGUCUUAGCUGUAAUGGAUCCCAAAUUUUUAUCCUGUUUUCUGAAUGUAAGAAUUCAGGCAGCUUCUGAUGUAAGCUUGCAUUUCUAUUAUGUAAGGGCAGUGAUUUUCGAAGUCAUGAAAAGCUCUCUAGGGUUCGUGGUGCUUUGAGUCAUGUCCAUUUUAAAUGUCCCAACGUGCGUUUCUAGCAGAGGCUCACUUUGCACAACUUACUUAAAGGGACACUAAAGAGAAACAAUGAAUCGGUUUAGAUCGAUAAAUUGUACUUUGAGAACAAUAAUGUCGUUAAUUUAACCAUCAUAGGUGUAUUAAUAAAGGAGACAAUGAAGUUCAAAGUUUCAUUUUUAAAUUUUGCGCCAAAAUCUCCAGGUGUGACGUCACGGAUUUUAAAGUGUAUUUAUCGUAUUUUCGCGGCAUUGGCCCUACAAAAUUUCCUCAACAUUGGUAUGUUAACUCUAUGGUCCCCACAGAGGACAGUGCACUUCAUUUUUACCGUUUAGGAACUACGUAGGCCCUAUAAGGCGGCGUCAAAAUAUGUGACGUCACGGCGAAUGGUGCGGAAACUUCAAGGUGGCAUCGCCACCCACAUUUUCUUUUUGCGUGAUUUCUCGCUUACUAAGCGUCUUCUCGCAGCAAGCGCGGUGUUCUUGGUAUGGUGAAAGAGUAGUUUACUAAUACGAGAAAAAUAGUUUCGCUCUUUAGUGUCCCUUUAAACAGCUGCCAAUUUCCUUGAAUGCCUCUUCCAAGAUGCUGAAAGACUUCCAUCUAGACAGGGGAUAAUGUUCAUAUCGAAGUGUUCUUUCUUUUUUUCCUCGUCACUGUCUCAAGAAUAUGCGUAUGAGAGAAAGGCUCUGUUGGGUGUACAGAAUGUGUGGGCUGUGGGGUACAGGUCUCGGGGGAAGUGGGGGGGGGGGGCUGUAGGGAGGUGGCUCGUUUUUAAAAUUUUGUGUGCCUUGCGGUAUGUUGGGCCACACUUCGCUGUGAACAUACGUGCUUGUGAUCACUGUUUGUGAGGAUGCUUUCUUUUUUUCUGCAUCCUGGACAGCGUGAGCGACAAAAUUUGGUCGCAUUUAAUAAAAAGAAUGCUAUGUUUGG